AUUUUAACCGCGUUAAUGUUUAGAGUUUUGAUUUAGUUAUUCAUAACCGUUGUUCUAAUAUUGAACAAAAAUAUUUUUGAAAAAGUAAAAUUCGCCAAAAUGUGUGGAAUUCAUUUCAGAUAAAAUGGUUAUGCAGCGCGGAGGUAUUGGUCGAGGGCGGGGAAUGGGACGUGGUCGGGGUGCACCGGGUAGAAACCUGCCGUUUAUCCCCCAUGUUCCGUUCGAUAUCGUUUUGGCGGAACCCGCCUUUCCGCCGGUUCGUUCCAUCCCAGCUCCGGUGGAGGAGGCGUUUAUGGCGGCGCUGGUGAAACGUAACCAGGACUUGACUCCGAGUGAGAAGGAGAGUUCUGCUAUCAUAAACCUGGUUUACAAGGUCCAGGGGGUCCUUGACACCCUCAUCAUUACACCAGGGGCAUUCGACUCAUGCCAAAUUGAGGAAGUGAGACAGGUUGGUUCCUUUAAGAAGGGAACAAUGACGACUGGGAACAACGUGGCCGACCUCGUAGUUGUCCUCAAGACUCUUCCAACCAAGGAGGCUGUAGAGGCUCUAGGGAACAAGAUUUGGGAGUCAUUGAAAGUUAAGGAGCCUAAAGAGGUUUUAACGAUGCUCCCAAAUGAGCGUGGGUUCGAUCUUUCCAAUACUGAGGCUACAGCUCGUAUCCUGGUAACUACUAUCCCUCCUAACCUAAAGAAGAUUGAACCAACCCUACAUAUUGACGCUAAGCUAUUGCAGUCAGCUCAUGCUGCAGUCAGACAUUCAAGAUGGUUUGAAGAAAGCGCCCAGCAGCCGACUAUAAAGAACCUGGUUAGACUACUGCAUGAUCUCAGGAAACGGUUUGCAGGAUUUGCUCCUUUAACCCCUUGGAUGCUGGAUCUGAUUGCUCAUUAUGCAAUUCUUAAUAAUCCAGGCAGACAAGCUCUUCCUCUUACACAGUCGUACCGGCGGGUCCUGCAGCUGCUGUCAGCUGGUUUCUUCCUGCCCGGUAGUGCUGGUAUUUCAGAUCCAUGCGAAGGAGGCCAGGUUCGAAUUCAUACCGUUAUGACGCUAGAAGAACAGGACUUGGUUUGUCUGACAGCACAAACCUUACUGCGUGUUCUCAGCCAUGGAGGGUAUAAGCAGAUACUAGGGAUUGAGGGUAACAGUAGUAUUGCAAGUGAGAUGAGUGUAUGGGACGGAGUGGUCGUGAACCCCCUGGAGAGGGCAUACGAGAAGCCGGCGGACUCGCAGGUCGAGGAGGACAUGGAGGCUGAGGAGGGGGAUAUGGAAACAGAAUAGGACACGGACACAAAGACAGAAUAAGACAAAGACAUGGUGGAAGAGGAGGGAGAUAUGCAGACAGAAAAGGACAUGGACAUGAAGAUAGAAUAGGACAAGGACUUAGGGGACAGAUUAGGACGAGGACAUGGAGACAGAAUAGGACAAUGACCUGGGGACAGAUUAGGAGAAAAAAGAAUUAAGCAAGACAUAUUAGGACAUCAGUAUUCUAUGAGAUUAGGACAGAAAGAAAGAGCAGUGUAGAGGACAGAAAUAUAAGUACGGAUAUAAGAGAAAGUAGAAUAGAAGACGCAAUUAAGGACAGGUAAAGAAUGUACUGAAAGGUAGAUCAUAGAAGAGGACUGAACUAUCAGAAAGGACUUGAGAGAAGAGGCAGGACAGGAUGAGUUAAAAGUAGAUGACGGUAAAGAUAAUGAAUUUGACACAAUCGACAAUUUUCUAACGAUUUUUUUUAAUGCAACUUUUAGCAUUUAACUUCUUUUGCUAACCCUACCAUUACACUUUGUACGUUAAAAUAAUUUUUUUCAUAAUUAUGUACCUGUAUUUUUUUGUAUUGUUAAUAAAUGUUUGGUUAGAUGGA